AUAAAAAUUAAAUAUUAGCUAAAUACCUAGAAAAAUAUAAACUUUAAUUUAUUCAGUUAUAAAAGCACUUAUACAAUGGUAUACAUUAAGCGAUUUUAAAUUUAAUUUUUGGUUUUAAUGCCCAACGAAGUUGACAUGAGUCGCGAAAAAUGUAUGAUAAGAAAAGUGGUUGGGGAGUCGAAAAGGUUAGAAAAACCACUGCCUUAUAUGACCUAUUAUGUUCAGUUAGUCUUGUACAGCUCAAAAAUGAAGAAACAAAAAUUAACACAAGAUUUCUAUAAGCUGGUUAUUUUUAUAACAUUUUAUUUCAACUCAAGGGCUUUAAAUCCACAUCGUAAUGGGCUCCAAUUGUCGUACUAAACAUUGUUGUUCGUCGGGCGCAACUUUAAAAACAAAAUUGCCGGACAACAAUAGCUCGGUGUGCUCUCGCCAUCAGUGUCCAAAGAAAAUGUUCAGUUAUACCGUACCGCGGUGUUGUGACCGCAGCAGCGGCCGCGGCACGAAGUUCGACCAAUGGUCGGAUAAACCGGUGACCAACGGCGAUUUACCGCGCGUCGACCGGAAAUUGUACCGGAACAUCAAGAGCCGGUACGCGGAAAAACGUGACCGGACGGCAACGACGGCCAUGGUUUCGGCAUGGAACAAGGACUGCUGGGAACAGCUGGAAUCCGACAACUUGGCUGUGGAACGUCCACGAUCGGUCGAGAUGUCGGCGGCCCAUCUGGCGUACCUGGAGUUCGUCGAGGCGGACGGGCAGCUGGACGGGGCGGCCUCGGUGCUCGGCUAUUUGCUGGAGGCGGAGCGCGUCUGUCGCGUCGGGCAGCUGCAGCCGCUGCACACCGCCGAGUUCGAACGGGUGAGACUGGCGUUGGCCGAAAGCGACGGGUCGCCGUUGGGUCUGGUGCGAGCUGCGCUGGCGUUCGUCCGCGGUGACGGGCCGGCCGACGGCGACAUCAGGGACGAAGCGAGUCCGCGGUGGUCGUGGGCCGCCGAACUGUGCGUGUUGGCCGCUGCUUCGCGAGCAAACGCCGAUGGCGGCAAAGGACCGGUCGCGGCGACCUGCCUGUUCGCGGCCGGUUGGCUGUAUGCGCGCAACGACCGCCCGCAAACCUCCAUGCGGUUCUUGGAGAGCGCGCGGCAAUUGGCCGACGACGGACACCGACGGGACUGGCUUCUACCGGACGACGUGGCGGACGCUACUGGCGCGGUGACGGAAGCGGACGGCGGCCGUGUGAGCACGUGGGUGGCCACGUGUUACGUCGAAAUCGGAAUCCUGAUGGCGGCCGCCGGUGGACUGGACGCGGACCGGGCGCUGCUGGCCGUGCGGACCGCGUGCAGGCUGGCCGAGCAGUGCGACAUGGACGACGGCCGUCGCGCGCCAAUACUGCAUGAGCUGGGCGUCCGGUACGCUGCGGUCAACGUACCCGACCGCGCGGUCAAGUGUUUCAAGGAAUGCGCGGCGGUCGCGGCCGGAACGCGCUCGGGCCUGGACCUGGAAGCUCGGGUCCGGGAGGCGGUUGUGGCAGGCCCGGGACCGGAAGACGACCGCGUCCUGCAGCGGAUCGCCGACGAGGCGCUGGACAGACGUUGCGGCCGGGCACUGGUGAAAGCGAUCGCGGCCCGCGGCCAAUCGUGCGCGCGCCGUGGCAUGACGAACGUGGCAGGCCGGCAUUUCGCGCUGGCCCACCGGUUGGCCACAGACCCGGACGUUGACGACGCAGAUACGGCACUGUCGGCCCGUCUUAAUGCAGCUGUGUGCCAGACGUCCGUGUACCUGCAGUCGAAUUUCCAGCAGCUGAGCCGUGUAGGUUUCAACCUGCUGGCCACCGAGGCACCACGCCGUUGGACGGGCACCCAGUCGUCCCUCGUCCAGCGCGACUCGGAAGGCCGGAUGUACUUGGACGUGGAACAUUACCGAGACGCGGUCGUGAAAUCCCAAGCCCGGAAGAUUCUCGGUCGGUUGUCGCAAAUUGAACGGCCACGCGAAAGCCGAGAAGAUGGAGAAUCCCGUAAAGGCGGCAGCGUGGAAGCCGUAGAGAAGGAUGAUGGGGCUCUUUCCUAAAUUGAGGCCCAGAAAAAUAAUAGUUAAUUUUUUUUUAAUUUUACCACAAAAAAAAUAUAGUACAAACUGUAGUAUCGUUUACAA